GUCUGCUCUGCUUUCGCUCUAUCUAGGACAGAUUGCGCCGGAUUAAGCGUUAAUCUGAGUGUACGGCGCAUGCGCACAGACGCGCACUGGCGGUCGCGCUGGAUAAAGUGCGCGUUCGGAGGAGAAUCAGAUCGACCUGCGAGCGCAAAGCGUCUAGCUGCCGGUGCAAGAUCAUUUUCUGUUUAAUUCUGAGCGGAAUGUAAGAUGUUUUCCUUGUUUUACGCAAUCACUUGCGUCGUGCGCGCAAAUUACGGAUUUGAGAAAACAGACGCGUUUACUGUCAAUCUGACAUCUUCUGCUGACCACUAAAAGUGACUUGUUCUGGUUUAAGAUUGAGCCAGAUGCAUCUGAAAACUGAACUAAGAGGACAGCUUUCUGAAAACUCAUCAAAAAAAAAACAUCAUCUCUUUUAUUAAGACUGUAGGAUCGACGAAGUGAUACAUGUUUGUUCUAAGCCUGGACAUGCAAUCACAUCAGAAAUUGAAGUCUGUGGGCCUGGUUUGGAGUAAAUACGGUCGCUCUGAUGUGGUCUGAAUUUAUAAAUCAUCUCCUAUGACUACUGAGCCAUGCUUUUCAGCCUCUCGCAUUCCCAAGAUGGCAAAAAGUGAACUUAUUGAACUGCAGGACUUGACUCCUGAUGACCGCAUCGAGUUAGCGCCCCCUCUGUCCCGUGCAGGACCCACUCUUGAAAGGUGGAGCAAAGGGAAGGUGGUGCGGAUGGUGGGGGAGCGUGUGCGUCUGGAGGACCCUGACUGGCUGACGUGUAAACCGGGAUGGGGACACGACUUCCAGCCCUGCCGCCAGACGCAGCUCAGCUGGUGUGACCUCUGCGGGGAGUUCAUCUGGGGCCUGUACCGCCAGAGCCUCCGCUGCACACACUGUAAUUACACUUGUCACUACCGCUGUCAGCCCUUCAUUCAACUGGACUGCAGCUUGAACUGCGACGCCGUCAGCGAACAGCUAAACUGCUGCGAGGACACGAUCGAGACGGACACUAAUGUGGAUGAGCUAGUGGACUGGAGAAAACCAGAGCUGUCUGUCAGUGAAGUACAACAGAAAGUGAAAGAAUACAACGCUCAGGUCAACAGCAACCUCUUCAUGGUCUUGAACCGUGAUGGAUCUUACACUGGCUUCAUAAAGGUCCAGUUUAAGCUGGCCCGGCCCGUAUCUCUCCCUCCUCCACAGAUCACGUCCUCCUCCUCGGGACGGGAACACAAAGCACUGAAGCGUCGCACCUCAUUCUACCUGCCCAGAGACACGGUCAAACACCUGCACGUCAGCUCCAGCACACGGGCCAAAGAGGUCAUCCAGGCACUGCUGAAGAAAUUCACCGUGGUGGACAAUCCGGCCAAGUUCUCCCUGUUUGAACGCAGCGAGCGACAGAACCAAGUGUACCUAAGGAAGUUAGCAGAUGAUGAGCGUCCGCUUUUCCUGCGUCUGUGUGCUGGACCCAACGAGAAAGUCCUCAGUUUAGUCCUUAAAGAGAAUGAAACCGGGGAAGUCAAUUGGGAUGCGUUCAGUUUUCCUGAAAUUCAGAACUUCCUGCGCAUCCUGCAGCGUGAGGAGGAGGAUCACGUGCGGCAGAUCGUGCGGCGCUACGCUGUGGCCAGAGACAAGAUGAAAGAGGCUCUGAAGAACGUCAGCACGCCGGGCUGAAGGAAGCAUGCUGAGGACGCUCGUACACGGCUUAUUACUGUCUGAAUCCAGAGAGAAGUGUGUGGAAGAGCCCUUUGUCCUGCAGUGGACAUGAGGAGGGUUGUAAGCGCAGUGAGAGAGAGGAUUAGCGUGUGUUUAAUGGUGACUGGUGAGCGUGAGAGGACUGUGACGUUACACUAGAAGAAGUGCUGCAGUCGUAUCUGUAGAUCCAGCUGUGGAGUGACGUCGUUCCAGUGUGAGCCGUAUUUGUAAUAGGGAAAAAAAUAAAAUUUUUAUUUCUGUAUUAAAAUUACAAUAUUUAGUGAUGCAGUACUUCUCAGAUAUUGAAGCUCCCAUGUAUAUAUUGAAUAUUUAUCAAUGAAAUAAAAUAUUUUUCCCUUUUA